AAGCCAGCUGGUAUACAAGAUCAGAUUGUGACUGAUGAAAAUGGACGACGUAGAUUUCACGGUGCCUUUACUGGAGGUUUCUCAGCUGGUUACUACAACACUGUCGGUAGCAAAGAAGGAUGGACACCGCAAGAGUUCAAAUCAUCCAGAGAUCAACGUGCAGCUACAAUUCAGCAGAGGGCCGAAGAUCUUAUGGAUGAAGAGGAUCUUGGAGAGUUCGGGAUUGGGGCAAGAAGAAUCCGAACAGCUGAGAAGUUCUCGUCAGGAAAGUCGGCAGAGAAGCGAAUGGCUUGGGAACAUGACGUAACUAGUACUGGAGCCUCGAUAGCCCAACACUUGGAGAAUGUGAUUAGACCCGUUAGUGACUCCAUUGGGAAACGCAUGUUAAGAGCAAUGGGCUGGCGUGAAGGGCGAGGAGUUGGUUUGAUGACAUCAAAGUCGAAGAAACAAGGUACCAUUUUGAACAUGAUCAGCGAUUUUGAUUCCGAGCAAAUCAAAGCCGCAGCACCCGGAGGUUUUGAUGCUGGAACUGAGGAUGUCUUAAUGACCCGUCUAAAAUCCGUUGAAACGAUCCAUGGCUUGGGUUACGAGGCCAUGAGUGCUUCUUCUGUCCUUGAUGAACGCUAUGGAAGAAUAGCAUCAGCUUUCAAAGCGCAUGCUAAAAGCAAAGGAAUUAAGGGGCAGGUUGGAAUUUGGUUAAAUAAAUUUAGUAGAGGAGUUUUAUGCUCGACUUUGCUUUUCUAGGC